UAAAAUAGCAUCUUUACUGAAAAAUAUUAGUAUCUACAUGUAGUAUAGCUUUUCAAUAGGUAAACAGUCCUUUAAAGUUCUCUCUAACAAAAUGAACUCCUCGAACAAAUCAAGUCAGGAAGCUCUUGAUGAUUGCAAUGUUGAAAGCUUAUCCUGGGAACCUUUAAUGGCUUUGGCUUUUCUGGUCCCCUCAAUCUUUUCCAACCUUUCAGCUGGUGUUAUCAGACUCUACAGGAACUCUGUACCAUUUGCCAAACUGAACAUCAUCUUUAUCAUUAACUACUACAUUGUGGAGAUGUUCAAUUUACUCAUCUCUUUAUGGACUCUCAGUGCCAUUUGGGCAACCAUCAUCUGUAAACUACCAAUGUUUCUUGGAACUAUGGUUUUCAAAAGUGUGUACUGGGCUGGGUUCACUGUGAUGGGACUAAACAUAGUUCAGGCUGCCCUCAGGAUGCUGAUGGUUCUGAAGUUUGACCGAAUGAUGGAACUAGAGCCGGAGCAAACUGCAAAACAACUGUUUCUGGCAACCCAGAUUAUCUACAUACCCAUCCCAAUCAUCACCACAGUUGUAGAUCUCAAAACAGGCAUCCAAGUAGAUGUAGAUGUAGAUGUAGAUGUAGAUGUAGAUGUAGAAGUAGAUGUAGAUGCAGAUUUAGUUGUAGACGUAGAUGUAGGUGUAGUGGUAGAUGUAGAUACAGAUGGAGAUUUAGAUGGACAGAUGUAUUCGGCUCAGCCCCGAGUCUAA